ACUAUUAUUAUUUAACGUUUUUUUCCCUGUCAAUUUGAGGCGAAUUACCAACUUUGCGUUUGAGCUAGUACUAGUUUUUGUAUUUUAUUAAAAUAUAUUGUUCAUAUAACUCAAUUCAUGUACCUCAAAGUGCAGGCAGAACUAUAAGGUGUGAUUUAAAUUCUUUAAUAUGACACCAGUACAAGUUAAACACAUACAAUUCCCCUGUAGAUAAUUCACAAACGUGUGUUUUUUUAAGAAAAGUUGGACAGAAAUAGUGCAUCAGCACGCCACGGAAUCAGAUGAACGACCCGGAAACCGUGUUUCAACAUUACCGUAACACUUCGAGUAGAGGGACACUGCGAAAAAACAAAACGGGGAAAGUUUAGCUCGGUUGCCUAGAAGCGACACGGCGCUGAAAUCAUGAUCUAACCAACGCGUUUACACCAGUGUGAGAUUUCUGUGUGUUUUCAUUGUUUAAAACUCGAAAACUGCUCCAUAAACAACGACUAUAAAUCCUGUUUACAGGUGUUUAGGCAUAAAUAAAUAAAUAAAUAAUAAUAAAUGUAAUGCAUUGGAAUGGUCAUCUCCUCCAAACCAAAACAUCUGACUUGAGCAGCGGCUGUAAACACAAGCGACUGCUCCACUGAAGAAGGCUUCUCUGUCAUCUGAUGGCGUUCUGCUUAGCUGAGCUGAACUUGUGGUCCUCAAGGAGCAGUCUGAAUGUGCAAGAUACAGAUAUUGGCACAUUCCAGUUUUAUGAGAAAGGAGAACCAGUCUUUCCUGCAGAUCAGCAUUACUACAGUGAGAAGCAGCACUUUGCCGAGACACGAGGUUACCCAUGGUUCCUGAGUAACCGUCGUCCGGAGAGGUUGAGGGACGCCCUCAAGGAACUGGAGGAGUUGUUACAGUCUAAUUCCUGUGUUUGUACCAAAUGGAGGACAAAGCAUUGUUGCCAGAUGCUGUUGAGCUCAGGUGUUUUAGUGACCCUCACUCUGAAUGGAGCUCAGUUAGAGAGAGUGGGCAUCGACAAAACACUGGUGGGACGACUACCUGCUGACACCAUCAGUCACGCAGUGAUUGGUGAACGCUUCCUCCUUCUCUCAUUGGUGGAGAAGAGUCAGGUGUGUCAGGUGUACCUGGGUAGGCGGAGCCAGAGUUCUCCUGAGCUCUCAGCACGGCGUUUGGAGAAGCUCUCGGCUGCUGACAUUAAGGUCUCAUCCUUGGAGCUGGCAGGAGGAGGUGGCCGUCGUACAAGCAGGCGUGUUGCACUGAACCGUGCGCAGGACGUGGGUGUGUGCUGGUGGCAAGGCGGCCGUGACGAAGUCUGGCCUUGGUCACCAGUUCCCAGUGCCUCAGAGCGGGCCAAUCUGGUACUGCUGGGCUUUUCAGAAAGUCCUGGUCUUAUGGUUCUGAGCUCCAUACGCACCAAUGGUGAACCAUUGGACUGUUGCUUCAGCGUGACUCAACCCUACCAGAUCCUCACUGUGGAGCUGCACAAGGAGGCCCAUAGCUCCACUGCAGACCUACGUGCGGAGCCCAAUCGCUCCAGCAUUGAGCUGCGUGAGGAGGCCCAAGUCGCUCAAACAUGUGUGUAUGAGUGCGCUCGUGGACGUUUGCAGCGCCUCUCAGCUACAUCUUUACCUCUAUCUUCUGUUCCUGUGUCCUGGUGCCGUGACCCAAGUGAGCGCUGGCUUCUGCUGGGCCUCCAGGACUCCUCUGUGGUGCUACUCCACAUCGAAACUGGCCUCCAGACUCGCGUUACCUGCCCCAUGCUCCCCUCUGUACUGGUCUGGCACCCUGAUGGAGGCUUGAUUGUAGUAGCUGGGGGUCAGGGUGAGCUGCAGUGUUUUGAUUUGGGACUCAGCCCUCUCCGACUACAGCUCCUGUCUGAGGAAGAUGUCAUCAGCACGAGUGGCAAGAGUCUGCAGCUGGCCAGGCAUGUGAGAAUAACCGGUGGGUUGGAGGGUGUGGAAUGGGCGCACUCACCAAUGUCACAGGGUGCCGAGGGGCUGGAAGUGCACGAUCUCCUGAUGCUCAGGUUCCACAGAGGUCCAGUGGCUGCUCUGAGACUCAGACUGGGGGUAUUGAAUGGGGCCCAGCUGGGGCCGGGUGAACUCCUGCAGCAUCGUCUGUGCUGUGGAGAGGUGGACGCUGCACUGGGCAUUCUGGGUAAUAUGGACUGGUGCAUGAUGGGAGCAGACUGCUAUCGUGGUCUCAUCUCAGUGACUGAUCACCUGCUCAGACAACCACUGGACGAGCAGACGGAAGCUCAGUUAGAAGCAGCUCUGGGGAUGUUCUACUCUCCGGCCAGAGCCUUAACAGACACGGUCAUACUGGAGUAUAGAGACCCCAUCAGCCGCUACGCACGGAGAUUCUUCCAUCACCUGCUCAGGCACCAGCGCUUUGAGAAGGCUUUUCUCCUAGCUCUGGACAUCGGAGCUCGAGACCUGUUCAUGGACCUCCAUUACGUGGCACAGGACAGCGGGGAGCCUGUGUUGGCCAACGUGGCCCGGCGGAAGGCUCAGGAGCUGGAUGCGGAGGGGGUCACGACCUCUGACCCAGAUGAGCCCAAGCCUGCACUUAAAGAACAGAAUGGAGUGUGUGUCUCCCCCAUUAAAACACACUGGGCCAACCCCAGUAAAGCACACAAGAACACAAGAGUUGACUCUAAGGGAAAGAUGGACAGCGAGUUGGAAGAAGACCUUGCUGAGACACCAGUAAAUCCUGCCCUCUGGCCCUGGAGUCAAACAGAAUUCACGCUUUUCGACCACAACGAUCAGGUACGGCUUUAUGCUUUACACACUGACUCUGUUGUACAGUGCUUUUUCCAUUAUCAGCUAGUCCAGUACCAAGGUUCCAGUUAUAAUGUUUUUGGUACCUGCUCAAACUUGGCACCAGCAGGAACAAAUGUUACUUCGGGCUGGGGCGAGAUAUUAUCUUUGUUAAUAAUAAUAAUAAUGAUAAUAAUAACAACAACAUUGUGCUGUUUUAUUCGUACAAUUGCUUAAGAUUUAAUACACUAUAUAGGAAUACACUAUAUGGCCAAAAGUAUGUAGACACCUGACCAUCACACCCAUAUGUGGUUCUUCCCCCAACUGUUGCUACAAAGCUGGAAGCACACAAUUGUAUAGAAUGCCUUUGUAUGCUGUAGCAUUACAGUUUUCCUUCACUGGAACUAAGAGGCCCAAACUGGAUAAGCUUGCAAACCAGCAUAAUACUUAAAACUUAGCUUAAAUCAUUCCCCAAACUGUUAGCACAAACUUGGAAACACACAACUGUAUUGCAUGCUGUAGCAUUAAGAUUUCUCUUCACUGGAACUAAGAGGCCCAAACUUGUUCCAGCAUGACAAUACCCCUUUUUUCCAAGCGAAGACAUGCUUUGUUAAGGUUGGAGUGGAAGAACUCAAGUGUCCUGCACAGAGCCCUGACCUCAACCCCACUGAACACCUUUGGAAUGAACUGGAACUCCGACUGCACCCCAGACCUCCUCACCCAACAUCAGUACCUGAUCUCACUAAUGCUCUUGUAGCUGAAUGAGCACAAAAUCAUGAAUGGGCUGACCUCAAAGCAACACACAUUAAGAAAAGUGUUUGGAGAUGACCGCCAUACUCACACCACUGAGAGGGGCAAUAUUAACCAGGUAGAAAGUGGAGAAAGUGCACUGUGAUAGCCAGCAGGCAAACUUUGUGGAGUGGCAUGUGUCGAAGUAAUGGCCAUAAGGAGGAGACACUCCUCAGAGAGUGGGCUGUCAAGCUCUGUUGGGGAUUGGGAAAUGUGUUGACUUGGCAGUUGGUGAUAAGGUCCACCUUAUCACCUUGCCAGACCUUUCUCAGAUCUAGGAAGCCGCUCUCAACAGCGCAUCCAUUGCACCAUCAUAUAGCCCUGCUAGAUGAGUGAGGCUAAUCAUGAAUGGGCUGACCUACAGAGCUUCUGUAUAAGGAGGAGAGAUCCAUCUGACCUCAUGCUACCCUGAUGAUUGAUGCAUCUUUCAUAUUGUGGGUCCCACAUGCCAUAGUUUGUACAGUACUAUCCAAUCCCAUUCCAUUUCCAUCCCAUUCCAGCUGCCACCAUUUUAAGAGUGGCUGCCAUGGCUUGUUUGGAGCCUCUCGGCAACGCCUGCAGAGGCUGGCCCAUUUUCAUACAAUACCUUUCAUUAUCAUCAUUCUCAAGCAGAAUCUCCUGGAUGCUGCUGCACACAUACCAUCCUUGUGCACCUCUUUUGAGGAACGGAUGAGCCUCCAAGUUGCAGGGGUCAGCUGAGCCAUGUCUGCCACCAGGUCAUCAAUUAGCCUAGAAAGUAACUGGGAUUUUUGUUAUGUUUAGCAGUCCUUAUUUAUCAUGUUUAUCAGUCCAACUGUUUAGGCUCUGGUAUUUGGAUCAGACUCAAGUUUUAAGCAAUUCAACUAAAUAUGCCAGCCAGGCGUUCCAUGUCAGGAUCAGCAUCGUCAUGCAGUCAGCUCAAGGGAUGUUCAAGCCAGACACUGCACAUUUGGCUUCUAGGGGAUUCAGACACUACCUGCACAAGGAUGAAUUUUGCAGGUAUUGAGUGUGUGGUAUGGUGAGGGAAAACCACCCAAUCAUGUGCAUCACCACAGGCCUACUAGUUGGUCUGAUGCUGGGAGAUAUGGAAUACCAGAUAACACAGAAGGAGAACCUGACUCCGCAGGAAGAAUGAGGUGUGAAUGGAGGGAAACCCAGCUCCACCAGUUCAGUAGUGAAAGAGCUUGGUAUGGUAAGGGAAAAACACUCAGCUACACUAGUGGCACAGUCACACACUUGCUGUUUGGAUAGAUGGUAGGGGAGGUGAAAUGCUUAGCAACUCAGCGAUACUGCUGAGGGACAACCCAACCCAGUGGGAAGGAGACAGGAGUACCACUACUGAGCAACAAGCAGGCAGUGUAGUGAAUAGCUAAAUGAAUGGCUAAAGUUGGCCAGAACAACUUGAAGCUAGCAGAUAACUCCAUGUGGUGUACAUGUGGUCCAACCUGAGUACAAGUCAAAAAGUAAAGCAAAGAUGGUUGUAUGACAGCAGUAUUUAUUGCAAAUACUGCACCAUGUGUCAUUUUGGGAUUGUGGCAUAAGUGCUCACACACACACACAAGAAGAUAUCUAGGUGAUUCUCACCUUCCUUGGUGGUUAGGAUGGCAGAACUUGGAGUUCUUUCAACCAGGUCUUUUUGGGGUAAUUCUUGGUUUUAAUUGUGAGCGGAAAAAUGCCUUUAGUGUUGAAAAACUAUAUACAUACAUAUUCCAUGUAGAUCUGAGAGCGUUCAAUUCAAUUCAAUUUUAUUUGUAUAGCGCUUUUAACAAGGGGCAUUGUCACAAAGCAGCUUUACAGAAAUAAAUGGAUUCAAAAAAUAUAUGGUAAACAGUAUAUUGUAAAUAUGUGAAUUUAUCAGUAUCAGUUCUACAUUCAGUUGAUGCUACUCAAAUAUGCAGAAUCUAGCACAGUAUGGGAUUAUAUUGAAGUUAAUUGUGCAAAAUUAAUUUAUUUGGUAUUUUAUGCAUGUUGGCUUAGUCUUGGAACCAUGUUUUAGCCAGGUGUGUGUUGGGCUAAUUUAAUGUUGGGCUUUUGUUAAUGUUUUUUUGUUUGUUUUGGACAAUUUAUUACCUCAGCCACUAUAAAAGCUGAGGGGAAAAAAACUGAACAAAAAAAUGUAGAACAUUUUAAAUAAGCCUUUAAUUAUUUUUUAGGAGACUGUACUUUUCUGUGUUUGAUGUACAUGUAUAUCCAAAAUUUGGCUAUAAUGCAUAAAUUUUCACUGACAUUUUUCCUUUCAU